AUAAUUCCAGACUUUAGAUGUAUGUACCUAUAUAAAAUCGAUAAGCCGCUGCUCCGCUCAACCCACGAUGUGAACAUCACGACUGAACACAACGGACUGAAACGCCGAGGACUAUAGAGCGUUAGAAAAGGGAACUGCGCUUGCGCGUACUUCCGUCUCCGGUAUCAUUUGUCGAAUAUUUUUCCGUGGGAAGGAAACACACGUUAAAAUUGUUCUUCUUUUUAUUUGCGAUACAUUUCUUACUUAUUGAGCACUUUUCUCGUGCAGAGAAAUUGUCAUCAAACAGCUGUUACAAUUGCAUUGUAGUAUUAUGCACCAUUUUGCGCUACAUUUAUGCCAGGUUAAACAAAUUAAAUAAUUUACCUGGAAAUUACAUACACGAGGCAAGAGGAAAAUUGUAAAAUACCUGUGGUGUCUCCACCAUUCUCUAUCUCAGUGGAGGAAUCGCUGGGUAUUUUUAUUUCGCAGUCAAAUGUGAAGCUUCACUGACUGUCAAUGAUGGUCUGUAUUAGGAAGCGGUUCUUCAACCUCAAUCGGUUACUUCUACACGCUUUCGGCUUGUGGCCGGACGAGCAAACGAUAUUCGCCCGUUUUCGGGCAACAAUGCUUUGCAGUCUUUUGAUAAGUAGCAUUGUAUUUCAGCUUUCAAGACUUUUCAUUCUAGAAUAUAGCUUUGAUCUUAUUGUGAGAAUAGUCUCUUCCACGACAUUCUUUGCCAUGUUUACGGUUGCACCCUUUUCAUUAGAGAUUAACAUGAAAACUAUAAAACAUCUAUUCAACCAAAAGCAAUACAUCUACGAUCAGCUAAAGGAUAGAAACGAAAUUGCUAUCUAUGACAAAUAUGGAUACAGUGGAAAACAUUUUACGACUAUUAUAAUAAUACUUCUUGUAUGCGCCCUAUGUGGUGAUUUUGUCAUAGUAUAUUGGCCGUACGUUCUUGAUAUCGUUGUACCGAAAAAUGAGUCUCAUACAAGUCCUAUGAUCCAAUUUUUGUCCGAGUACUUUCAUGUCUCAGAGAAAUAUCAGUUUUUAGUUCUUGUGCAUUUUAACACAGCGAUGACUGCAGGGUCCAUUGUAUUCGUAGGAACGACAACAAUGUUAUUUUCGUAUUUCCUGCAUAUCUGCGGUAUGUUUGAAAUUGCCAGAAGGAAUGUUGUUUACAGCUAUCGUAUUGAACAAGCAAUGGCGAUCGAAUUGUUACAUAAUUGUCAUAUAAAAAAUAGAAUUAUGAUAUACAGAAAGAUGAUAUGUGCCAUAGAUAUGCAACGCCAAGCUAUGGAAAGUGUUAAAUACAUCGUAACUGUUAUUGACGAAACAGCUUUUGUUUUGGCAAUAACUACUGUAGUUUGCAUGAGUUGCUACCUUUUUCGAGUAUUUAGAAUUGAAUCACCAAUGGAGAGGUUGGAAGAGGUUUUAGUAUACCUUUUGGAUGUAUCUGCACUUCUGACGAUAAUGUUUUUAGGCAGUUAUGUUGGGCAAGAAAUUAUAGAUCAUAGUAAUCACGUAUAUGUAAUUACAUACAACGUUUCAUGGUACUUAGCACCGUUACACAUACAGAAACUGAUACUGUUUCUAUUACAAAGGAGAACUAAAAGUUGCACUCUGAGUGUCGGUGGAUUAAUUACAGCAUCUUUCGAAUGUUUCGCAACAGUAAAGCUAUUACAUUUAUUUGUAGGCAUUGUUGAAGCAAGCAGGUUAUUAUAUUCUACAGGCUAAAAAAAGAUUCAUUUUUCCUUUACUAUACUAUACUAAGGAUAUUUAAAUUGUCACACACACGGACGUGCUAAUCGGUCGUAGUAGUCGCAUAAGAGUAGCGUGACUAUCUGAGCAACGAGAGGUAGGCUCACUUAGCACGAUGAAGAAGAAAGUCAUAUAUAUAACUCUUAUGGAAGUAUUGCGCGCGUUAUCCUUUAAAUUUAGUUUAAAUGUAGUUUUAUAUUACUAAUGAAAUCAUGCAAAACUUGCUCCAACAUAUAUAUACAUUUAUUAUAUAUAUUACACAUAUUGUACGUAUUUUUAUAAUAUAUUAACACAUUUAUUAUAUGCUUAUAAACUUAUUAUUAUAUUCGUAAAAUACAUUAUAUGAAUAAUGUUUUGUGCAAAUAGUGCAAACAGGAACGUACUUCUUUGCAGCUGGUUAAAGUGUCAAUGUCCUACUUCACCUUCAUGUACUCGGUGCAGUAAAAAGCAGUUAGCUUGAUAGUAUCUUAUAAUAGAUAUAAAGCACACAUUCAGAUACAUAAAGUAUUUUUAUUUCUUUCGAAAUUGUAACACUCCCUACAAAAUAAAUAGACAAAAGGUGCGUUAGUUGAAAUAUGCUCACAAUCAAUCACAGAACUGACGAAAUCGACGACACAUUAGAGUAUCUUUCACCUUAAAUACAUGGGACAUUAUUUAAAUGAAGGUUCCACAAUAUGUUGAUAAUGUAUUCGUGCAUUUGUGAUUAAUGUAUGCUAUGCAUCCAAGGUAAAGCGAAACAUCAAUGACUGAUGAAGGGAAUAAGUAAAAAGGAACUUAAAUAAAAAAGUAUAGAAAAUCUUUUAUUUGCCAGGGAGUUCUAAAUUCAAAUCCAUAUUUUAAAUCGCGAUGCACUGGCAAUAUCUGAUGGUCGGAUUUUUCGCAAUGAAUAUUAUUAAUUGAUUUGUUUCUUACUAAUCUGGAAUAGGAAAUCGCUGCGUUUUUAAGACUAACGAAUUUGUUGGCGCGUAGUUGAAAAUAGGUUCCUAGAGCGACACAAUUACUGCAUCUUAGUCUAAGAAAUUUGUUCGCAUGCAGUUAAUAAAUUUAUCCGACCAUCAGAUAUUGCCAGUGUAUCGCAAUUUAAAAUAUGGAUUUGAAUUAAAUAAAAAAUGGACGCAUUUAGGAAUGAUGGCUGUGACGAUAAUGUUAUUAGAAUAUGAAGUUACAUUGUUAACAAAAUUUAUUGAAGAAAGUGUAUAUAAUAUGAAGAACGAUAGAUAAAUGUAGAAUACGUUGUGAAACAAUAAAAUACCUUUUUUAUGUAUAACACUCU